AUGAAUUCAACCACUGAAGAUUAUGAAUAUGCUGACUAUUAUCCUGAAUAUGAAUACCAAACUCCAGCCCCUCCAGCAACUUGCACAGAUGCAAAGCGUGUUUUUUUGGCAGUAAUUAAUGUGAUCAUAUUGAUCCUGGGUGUCGCUGGAAAUGGUUUGGUGAUCUGGAUUGCAGGGUUUAAGGUGAAGAAGUCAGUAAACACCACCUGGUACCUGAGUCUGGCCGUGUCCGACUUCCUGUUCUGCUCCUUCCUGCCCAUCAGUGUUGCUUAUACGGUCAAAAACGACUGGGUCUUUGGACUCUUCAUGUGCAAGUUCACUUCCUUCAUCCUGUUCCUCAAUAUGUUCAGCAGCAUCUUCCUCCUCGUCAUCAUCAGUGUGGACCGCUGCGUGGUCCUUAUGUUUCCUGUGUGGGCUCAGAAACAGCGCACCGUAAGAAAGGCUUCUGUGGUGGUUGUGCUAGCCUGGGUCAUCGCAUCAGCGUUUAGUUCACCAUCAGCUUUUUUCCGUGACACUGAGCGUGACAUAUUCGAGGACAGAAAUAUUUGUUUCAACAACUACACAUCUGCUGAGCAGCAUGCUGCCGUAGUGUCCUGCCGCUUCGUUUUUGGAUUUUUGAUGCCGUUCCUCAUCAUUAUCUUCUGUUACAUUGACAUCAUACCAAAGCUGAAGCUCAACCAGUCAGCGAGGUCCAAAAAGCCUUUCAAGAUCAUGACGGCACUGAUUGCUACUUUCCUCAUCUGCUGGCUGCCUUUUCACACUGUUGCUUUGAUGGAACUAAACCACCACAAAUACGCGAGUAUUCUCCCUACUGGACAGGUAAUAGGUGCUACUUUUGCCAGUGCCAACAGCUGUCUGAACCUGAUUCUUUAUGUGUUCAUAGGGAAGGACUUUGAGAGGAAAUGUUGUGCGCUUCUGACAAAGAUUGAAAAUGCAAUUGAGGAGGAGGAGGAUGACCCGAGCACACGCUAAGAGACACCUUUCACCACUUCUGAAGAAGUAUGAUCUACCAUUAACUACUCUUGCUAACAUUUCAUAAGAGUUCUGUAUUCAUUAUUCAGUUUGAGCAUUUUAAGCAUAACCCUGUAUAAUCUCUGUACCUAGCUAUAGUUACACAAACAGCACUUUCUAAAUCAACAGUUUAUGCUUUUAUUACAUUUAAUUCUUAGAACUCAUUAUAGUAUCUGUAGACACCAAUGUUGUAAUGCUCUGUAACAGUUCUGGUAUGUGAAUAUAUGAGAAAUACCAAUAUCAAUAUCAUAAAACAUCAUCGCUGUCAGAACAGAAC